UCGAAGUAGAAUGAGAUGAGUUCUGGUUUUAAUCUUAAUUUUUUAUAAUUCCCCUCCAUUGUGUCCUUAUCAUAAUGUUUGAUAAAUACUCAAACUUUUUCUUAUCAAUCAGUUUGGGAUUUGCAUUGAUGUGGGAAUGCGCAGAGGCUUAUGUUAAUUACACGGCAAAGCCGCGUGUAGUCCUUCCACCAGAUUAUGUCAAGGAAAUACGACCGCCUUCGAAACGAGGAUCACCAGUGAUAGUAGAUUUUAGUAUAUUUGUUGUAGAUAUUAAUUCAAUUAAUGUGGAGGAUAUGGACUUCAGAGUAGAUAUGUUCAUACAUCAGCGUUGGCUAGAAUCGAGAUUGGAAAUUUCGGAUGAUAUAUUUGAAGAAGGAGAUGAUUAUGUAACGUUACUUCCAGAAUUUUUUGAUAAUUUAUGGCAACCAGAUCCUUACUUCCUGAAUUCUAAAAUAGCCGAAAUUGCCACAUUAACCCAUAAAUUCACAUCGGUAACCUUGUACAAGAACAAGACAGUACGUUAUGCAGCCAGAAUGCAUGCUAUCAUUGCUUGCCAAAUGGAGUUUCAGUUGUAUCCUAUGGACAUUCAAGUCUGUCCUAUAUAUAUCGAAAGUUUCUCAUCAAAUAAUCAAAAAGUAAAAUUACGCUGGUCUGAUUCUGGUGUUACUCUUAAUCCAGAACUUAAAUUGCUACAAUAUAAUCUAGGUCAACCACUAGAGUUGGAAGAAAGUGAUGGAUAUAUGCCUGAAAAAGUGGGAAACUUUUCACGAUUAACUGUGUACUUCCGUUUUGAAAGACAAAUCGGACAUCAUUUAAUACAAACUUUUGCACCGUCCUCACUGGUUGUGAUGUUAUCAUGGUUUAGUUUCUGGCUUGGUUUAGAUGCUAUACCAGGACGAGUCACAUUACUUGUUACUUGUAUGUUAACUCUGGUAACAAUGUUUACUGGACUGAGAGCCGACAUACCACCUGUGGCAUACGUAAAAGCCCUUGACCUGUGGAUGGCCGGCUGCAUGGUAUCGGUGUUUGCUGCCUUGGCAGAGUUUGUUGUGGUAAAAGUGUUGGACGUUCAAUAUCAGUACCAAGUGAAUAAAAUGCCAAAGGUUUUGCCAAUGCGCAUAAGUAACAUGGAAAAAGGGCAAUGUGCAACGGUAGCAAGUUGGGAAGGUGGCGCUGUACGGUCACGAAAAGCUACACAAACGCCAACUACACCAGGCCAGACUUCACUACAGACAUCACUACAAGGUAAUGGUGGCCCUCCAAAACCAGCUCGAAGACAAAGCCUACUUUCAGUUGCCUGGACAGAUACAGACACCGGAGUAGAAAAAAUUAUGUGGCGUGAAAUAGACAAAGUGUCUCGUGCAGUUUUUCCUAUUUUAUUUUUUGUUUUUGUACUUUUGUAUUGGCCAAUAUUGUUGAUGAAGUCAUCCUAGGAUUUGGGGAGUUCCAGAAUACAUAUUUCUGGACUCCGAUAAAUAAAAAUAAAACGAAUGUAUAGUGUAUAGACUUUAAAAAAAUAUUUGGAAAAGGAAGGAACAAAUUAACUUAGUGACCUUAUUUAUAUAAGAACGCUUUUAAAGCACAAAAGAACUAAUCAAUUACAAAAAAUCAUCCAUUUAUUCUAGACAACAUUAUUAUUAGCUUGUAUAUAAUUUUAUUUUGUAGACUUAA